AGAGACAUUAUUGUGGAGCAGUUUAUUUGCCCACAGGUUAGGUGUUGAAUUUCAGGAAGAGUAACGUUGGCUUAUGUUGGUGUUUUGAAUUGAAUCUGAAAAGCAGACUGUCAAGAAUUGCCACUUUCUUUUCGAGAUCCUAUCUGCGUACACGUUGGAUUUUUAAAUAGAAUUACAAUCAAUACCUUCGAAAAAAUGAGUAAAAUUUCAAAGAUGUUUAAAGUGAGCUCAUCAAGCUCAUCCAGCUCAAGGCCCACCUCUAGUUCUGGAUCCAGUUCUAGAUCUAAGCACCGGUCCCGGUCUGGUCCAUCGCCACAGGACGCCAUCAACAGACUGAGAGAGACCGAGGCCAUGCUAACUAAAAAACAGGAAUACCUGGAGAGCAGAAUCGAACAAGAGCUCACCAUUGCCAAGAAGAAUGGAACCAAAAACAAGAGAGCUGCACUUCAGGCUCUUAAGAGGAAGAAACGUUUUGAGCAGCAGCUGACACAGAUCGACGGGACCCUGUCCACUAUUGAGUUCCAGCGAGAGGCCCUUGAGAAUGCCACCACAAACACAGAGGUUCUGAAGAACAUGGGUUACGCAGCUAAAGCCAUCAAAGAGGUUCACCAGAACAUAGAUCUGGAUAAGAUUGACUCCCUCAUGCAGGACAUUACAGAACAACAAGAAGUAGCUCAGGAGAUCAGUGAUGCCAUCUCUAAACCUUUUGGUGAUCAGUUUGAUGAGGAUGAAUUGUUGGCAGAGCUGGCAGAGUUGGAACAGGAAGAACUAGAAGAAAGUAUGAAGAAUAUGGACAGAUUACCAAGUGCACCAACCACCAAACUGCCCAGCACAAGACCAAGCCACCGUGCAACCUCCAAGAAGAGAGUGGAGGAUGAUCAUGACAUGAAGAGGUUGGCUGCCUGGGCUUCAUAAGCAGCAAUGCACACAAAGCUCCUUCUUCAUUCUACUUUUUUUUCACUUACACUUUUAGCUCUAUAUCAUGCAAAGAAUUGCAAGAGCUUUUAGUAAAAAAAAAAAAAAGUAGAAGAGAAAUUAAGCUAAACUUUUCUAUUUUGUAUUAAAAAAAAAUAUUUUUUUCAUGUGUUGGUCUUUAAGAUGAAGGAUUACUUUGCUGUAAACUUUGUGUAAAUAGUAUGUAUUCAUGAGUGAAGGAUAUUAAACUUAAUUUUUAAUGAGGCCUAAAUGUAAAUGUACUGGGGUUUGGGUGAAAUUAAACUUUACAUACCGAAUUUAUAUCAAA